AUGGACAAGGUCCGGAAAACCUUCUUCGAUCCUCUGGCCACGUCAAAGGCUCGCAUUCGAGAGAUCCUGGAGCCUCUUCCCGUCGGCUCUGCUCAUCCGUUCAGUCCUGAGCGCAUCCUCCUUUGCCGCACCGAACAUGGCAUCGACGACAUCGACAUUUCUUCCUACCCUGAAGACUUCUUCUUCAAUGCCGUCGACUUGGGCCAGAUGGGCGAGGUCCUCCUGAAGCGAAUGGCUAACUUCACCUCUCAGCUGGGCGCUUUUGCAGAGUUUCAGAUCUUGCAAGCACCGACUUCGACAUUCAGCAUCCCCAUAGUGUCGGGCAAAGUCACCAUCCUGGCAGUCUCCGAGAGAUAUCCUACCUACUACGACUUCUGCCUUGCGGAUGCGUCAUACAACACGUCUUGCUAUAAUGCGCAAGAAACUUUGGCCGGCGUAUCCCAUAGUGGUGAUAUCAUCGGAGCGAGCAAUGAUCUCUUGCAAUACAUCAGGAUCAACAAGGACUCUCUCACGAAAAAGGAGAUCUGCGUCUUCAUAUCUGGCUACCGGAAGACCCAGAUCACUAGAUUCCUGGGAACCAACCCUGCAUUGAUGGUUGCAGACCACAUUGAUAAGGUCCUGUAUAUCAUUCCCGUGCCUUUGGACGCCGCAACGAUCGGAGAUGCCACAAUCUGCUGCCCAAUGGUGGUAAAGCCUGAUGGGGACUCCCUGAUGUGCUCGAUAUUGCCGACAGCAACCACAGACCGCAAUCUGCAGUGCGAUGGUAGCAGGCUGGUCAGUCCUUGUUUCCCUGAAGCCAUUCAGUAUGCCAAUUUCACGGGCUUCACUGGCCCAGCCGCCAUCACCGCGCCCACGAGUGAGGACACAGCGGUAGAGGCAGCUCAAGAGGACAGCAAUAAGAGCUCAAGAGGCCUCGCCAAAGACAGUGCAGUGUUCAUGACGCAUUCAACCACCCUACCUCCGUUUCUGGAUUCCGAGAGAUCCCAGCUGAUACGAUUCGGUACUGGCAUCGAAUUCCAAGUGCAGGGCCAGGACUCGGGCACGAAACAUGAACUCUCCUCUGUGGUGCUGCCAUGUAUUCUCGGCUCGAUGCUCGAAGGCCCGGUCCUGUUGGCAACCGGAACAGUUCCGUUGAAUUCUCCAGUCGUUGACGAUCAAGCGCUCCGCGACUACUACGAGAAGCUCAAGCAUGUUGUGAUAGUCGUCGAUGAUCGUAUGACAGACAAUGCACGCAAUCUUGCAACUUGCUACCGGAUCAAUGCGCUGUUCAUCGUACAACUCAGACCGGAAGAGACUCCCACCAGCACUGACGGUGUCUUAUCGCUGUUGAACUCGGCCAAUAUAAACGCAGUGACGGCACUUUCUGGACCGCAGUCCCUGGUACUGGUGCAGGUUUCGGAAAAGUUCUACUUCUACAGAGGCAUUGCCAACCAAGCUCAUCUCGAUACGUCCAGGCUCGCUUUCGGCUCAGACGUGACGUCUAUAUUGGAGUCCGCUGGCGUGGAAAACAUGCUAGAGCCGAAGAUUGGGCGGGUGGUGAGCCUCGAUGAAGUGAACAGAAUCCUUCUCCCGGCCUCGGGCCAGUUUGUCCGACCUGCAGACCUGCAGGGACUGUUCCAGGAUCUUUCCGUCGACCAAAUUCGCAAGCUAGAACAUGAUAUUACUGCGUCUGUCCCGCAGCUUCAAGUGCUGUUGAGCCAGAAUGACCUGCAGGAACUAUCUAAAGCCUUGGUCGGUACACUCUCGGCAAAGGUCUCCGACAAGGUCACGCCGCUCAGGAAGGCCUACAUCAAGUUCUUGACCACCGAGCAUAGAACUGGCGACGCAACAUCGGUCACCAAGAAGAACAGACUGCUAGGAGAGCUGAGAAAAUCAACAAAAGAGAUACAAAAGGCCCUAGAGGCGGCAAUCUCCAGCUUAGCCAACAUGAUGUCUGCCCAGACGAGCUCGAAGCGGACACAUGAUCUAAAGCGGCUAGCCCGUCAAACGCAGAUCCAGGUUAACGUUGAGGCAGCCAAGUCCAUGACUUUCGAAACCAUGGCAGGGUAUCUUGAGACGCAUGCGGCUGAUAUGGGCGUGAUGCUGUUGAACAUUGAGACGGCACAGUACGCCGAGCUCUUGGGCAACUUGGAACAGUCCACUGUCGAUGCAAGUGCCUGUUGCAAUCUUGACUCGAGAGUCCUUCACCUAGAAGGCUUUGAUGCUGGUAUAAUCAUCGAGCAAUCCCAGAGCAGCCAUGACGGUCCACUGAAAAGCUUGUCCGGACCUACGCGUCCGACUCUGGCACUACCGUACUUGAGCAGCUUCCGUGGGGGUUCUGACAGCGGCUCGAUGUUGGCAUGGGUCUGCUGGGACGAGUUCGUCAACCUGACGAACCCUUACACUGUGAGAUGGAUGGAAAAGUGCAACGAAGCCCACAUUGCUGCGCUACGAAUCCUCAUGAGAGAGACACUCUCUCAAGCAGUGGCAUCAAGGGAGCACGACUUCCACCCUGGUAGCUCAGAGACCGGCCGCCUCAUGAGCGCUCUCCUCAUGACAGCCAUGUCGAAGCUGGCAGCUAUGAGGACAACCCACACCGUCGUUUCAGAAGAGGCCGAGGAUACCGUAACAAGGUUGAUGCGUGGGCUCUUCGGCAAUCUGCUGACCAUGGCUGGCUCUGGGGUGCGUCCACUAAGCAUGGUCUGGCAGCUAUUCGGCCUGAAUCCUCAGUGGGAUAUUCCCGCCACCCAUGCUCAGUGGUUUUGGUACGAAAAAGCUGUCGCCUUGUAUCCUUAUACGGGCUGGCCCCUGAAGCAAUUUCACGGCAACCUGGAAAAGCUGCUCGACGGGGCCAUCGUGCGCGUAGUCACCAAGGCCGAGGAUGUUCAGAGCAUCAAAGCAAACCGUGUUGAUGAACUGAUCAAGUUCUGCAAGCUCCGAAACAUUCAACUUGAACAUUCUCGAACAAUCAUCACCAUAAUGAUGCGCAUGCUUUCGGGCGGCGGCGACGUCGGCAUGGCAGCUAUGGCAUCGAGACUUCUAGACCGCCUUCCAUCGAAGCUGGCAAAACAGACUCGGAGCUACACAAGCAUGAUACGGUAUCUUCAACACUUCGCCAACGGCGGCGAACGACGUCUCAACGACGACCUUGUUGCGGCCAGCGUGUACACCAAGCGCUCGGCUACCUUCGGUGAACUCAAGGCUGGAAUAUCGGAAGCGUGCGCGGACUGUGAUUGGGAGAAGGUGAAGGAGGGAUGCGAGGAAAUCAUCGCGAAACAUGCCGAGAUCGCCGCUCUCUGGAAAAUUGAUCCGGAGAAGCUGAAGAUCCAGAACAUUGCGGUGUACAAGAGUCUACUGGAGGCCGACCUAGCAGGCAAAGCUCCUGAGGCGCAGCUGACCAAACAGGUCCACAGCGACGCCGAGAAAAAUCGUGUCCCGUGGCAGGUCGGCAAAGGGAGCCAGUUCGGUGACAAUAUCGAACCUCUCGAUGAGGCCCUCGUUCACGAAGUCCUGACUGGAGAGAAACUCGAAUCUGCCACGGACUCAGUGGAAGUAGCAGCAGAGACCAACACUGCUGUCGCGACCACAUACGACUUCACACGCUUCAAGUCAUCGCUGAAGCCGCAGUUCGUCGACGCCAUGCAGAGAGAUCUGUCAUUCGAGGACGUGUGCAACAUCAUCAAGGUCCCUGCCGAUACGAUGCGCGUCUUCGUCAAGGCUCUCAACCCCGGCUUCGCGUGUGAGGAUUUGGGAAGGAACUUCAAGCGGGUGACGGUGGAACUGAUCGAGUGUCGUUCGAAUCGUCUGGAGAGCUGUCCUACCAAGAGACUGCUGGAGCGAGAGAGCAAGAUGGUGGCGAUUGGGGCGAAGUCUGGUUCUUAG